UUACCUUCUCCUUCAUGCUAAAUCCCCUCCAUCAAUUUCUUUAAUUAUCGUUAUAAACGCAUGCGCCAAUCCGUGGUUAUGUUACAUUCUUGACGAUAAAUUGUUCGACUAGACUUAUAUACAAAUUCACGAAAAUGGCACUCAUUUAUAUCGAAGACAACGAUCCCUGGUUAACGGAAUAUGAUGCCUGUGAGAAACUUUACAGAGAGAUUAUGGAACAAUUUACAGCUCGCAAUAAACAUUCAAAAACUUUGCAAGCAUAUGCAAGUAUAUCUGCAAAUAUACGAAUUCGUCUAAAACAGUAUAAUCGUGAAGUCCAACAACUUAAGAAUAAAGUAGAUGAUGCUUUAAAAUCUAAAGCUAUAACUGCUGAAGAAGCAGAAAGAAGGAUACGUCAAAUUGAGGUAUUGAAGAGCAGGGAUGUACAAUUACAAAAAUUGUGUGAUGCACGUACAAAUAAUCUUGUAUCUUCUCGUGCAAAUUUACUUACAUCAGGAACAUCAGCUUUUGCAGAUGGAGGCACAACCUCUUGGGCAGCUGAUGACGACGAUGAUAAACCUAUAGAUACACAAAUAUGUGUUGUUGAUCUUAUGACUCAACAAGAUAGGAUUCUAGAAGAGCAAAAUAAAGGCUUGGAAGAGUUAUGUAAAGUCAUUGCAAGGCAAAAACAAAUUGGCCAAACCAUUAGCAAUGAAGUAGAUCACCAAAAUGAAAUAAUCGAUAAUUUAUCCAAUCAUAUGGAUAGGACUGAUGAAUCAUUAAUUACCAAAACGCAGCACGUACAAACAAUUAAUUUCAAAGAUCGUACAUGUGGCUACUGGAUAGUAAUAAUUUUACUUUUUAUUUGUAUCAUCAUAGUUGCUUUACUUCCAUAAUUUUUAAUGCAUUUAAUUAUUGUAUGAAAACUGUUAGGUAUUUCGUUUGAUGUAAAUUAAUGUUCUGUAUAUAUGCAUAUGUAAAAAUUCCGUUCUUACAAAUUACUACAUUUUAUUUUCUUAAUUAUCUAUUAAUUUUAGACCAGUAUUUG